AUGGGAAGAGAUAGAGCUAAUGCAGAUAAGGAGUUCGGAAGGGGUGGAACAGGGGCCAGAAAUCGUGACGGAGGUUGGAUCCCAGUUAUAAGUAAGCAUAGGAGGCAGAUGGUGGAUUCAAACAAUUCGAUGAUUACUCUCUUUGUAGAUAACUUGCCUGAAGAUGUGAGCCAAAGAUGGGUGAGCCAUUUAUUCAACAAAUUUGGAGUGGUCAAGGAUGUUUUCAUCCCUGGUAAAAGGAGUAAAGUUUUUACGGGGAAAGCUUUUGCUUUUGUUCGAUAUGACUGCGCGGUCUCUGCCGAGAUGGCUAUAUCCAAAACUAAUGGUGUAUGGAUUGAAGACAGGAAGCUUUUCGUCAAGACUGCUUCAUUUGACCAGAAAAGAAAGGAGCUUUUGAAGCACAAUCUCAAUAAGAAUGCUUCCGGAAAUAUCGCAAACAAAAAGGUUAUGGGAGAAAACAGAAAUGGGAACUUUGGAUCAUUGAAGAAAUCUAGUACUGUGAUGAAAGUAAAUGGGGCAGAAAGAAUGGGAGCUUCUUCAAGUGGUAAUGUAAAGAUGUUGAAAACCUAUGCCCAGUCUGUCAAAGGAGAUCAUGGUGAGAAAGAAGAGCUGAGAAUGGAGGAAAGGAAUAAUCAAUCGGAGCGAAAAUUGAGUCUAAAUCGGUUGGAAAUGGAUGGCUUUACCGAAGCACUGUGGCAAAACUUCAUAAAUUAA